AUGGAUGCAAAUAAAGACAUAGAAGUGAAAGAACAGCAAAGUUCCAAUUUACAAGCGGUAAAAAUGGAUGAAAGUAAUGAUUCUGGGGAGAAUACAUCAUUAAAUCAAGAUUUAAAAUUGGAGCCCGAACUAUAUAGUUACGACACAAAUGUCUAUAAGAAAUACUUUUUACGUGAGACUAAACUAAAGCCAGAUGUCUAUAUUGAAGAUGUCAAGAUAAAAAGCACAAGGAGUAGAAGUACAAAAGAUACAAUAACGAAGGAUAUUCUAGAAGAUUUAUAUAUUUGUGAUAUUUGCGAUUUCACAUCAUCUUCAGAAAUAGGAAUGACUUUACAUAGAAACAGUCAUAAUAAUAUUACAAAUAAAUAUAAAUGUAAUAUUUGUAAACAAGAGUUUUGUACAAACACAUUAUUAAAAAAUCAUAAAGAUAAACAUGAAGAUGAAACAUUUCUAUGUAAAAAAUGCAAACUAGCAUUCUCAGAUCACAGAGUAUAUCUUACUCACUUGAUAAAUCACAUGACGAAGCCUCCCUAUUCUUGUUUUGAAUGCGAUUAUGAAUUUAGAAAACUACGAAGUUUAAAGGCUCAUAUUAAGCAUCAUUUUUUAGAUGUCGAAGUUCAAUGUCCUAUCUGUAAGAAAAAAAUUGGAAAGAGAUCUUUGAAUAAUCAUAUUCAAACCCAUAAUUCUGCAACUGAAUGUAUUGAAUGUCAUAAACUUGUGUCAAAGAAUAAUAUUGAUUACCAUAUGGCAGUACACACUGGAUUAAAACCUUUUCAAUGUUUAUAUUGUGGUAAAGGUUUUAUAACAACAUCUCAACGACUAAGACAUAGUAGACAACAUACAGACUAUAGACCAUACAAAUGUGAAAUCUGCGACCGAGCUUUUCCACAAAAUAUAGAGUUACAAAGGCACAUUUUAAGCAAACACUCAUCACAUCGGUAUGAAUGUGAUACUUGUGGUAAAAGGUACAAACAUAAGAACUCUUUGGCUAUGCAUAUCCGCAUACACACAAACUACAAACCAUUUAAGUGUCCUAAGUGCCCAAAAGUGUUUACAGUGUUACCAUCUUUAAAAAGUCAUUUUUAUACAAGACAUAUUAAAGAAAACAAAUUUCAUUGUGAGACAUGUGGUAAUGAAUUCAAAACAGUACAGGGCUUAAGAAAUCAUAAAUUGACUAAAGCACACCAAAGAAUGGAAUAUAAGUUAAAGAUGGAGAAAUAA